AUGACAACUAUCUUAGAUAAUGUCACAACUCUUAAAGAUAAAAUCAAAAUAUUAGAUGACAAUAAAAAUUAAACUAAAAACCUAGAUCUCUAAGCAAUUUAUAAACAUAUUCAUAAUAUUGGAUAAGAUUCUAAUUAAUUGUUAGAACAUGCUUUAAAAAUCAAUUUUGGAAAUGUAUUAAAAAUCCAAGCAUAAAAUGAUUAAAAUGAAGUCUUAUAGGUAUUUAAAAAAGUAUGCUAAACUGCAAAAGAUCUAAAUCAUAUUUGCAUUUAUGUUAAAUAUAUAUAACAAAUUAGUAAAUAAGAUCUAUAAAAAAUAUACUUUAAAGAAUUGGGUUUUUAGACUGAGAAAUUAAUUACAGAAUUUAGAAAACAAGGAACCAUUAUUAAAGAAUUACGUUUAGAUACAAAUGAUAUAACAAAACAGAGAUUUAUGAUUCAAAUGAUUACAACACUAUGUCCAUAAGAUUUGGGAUUUAAUCCAGAAUUAUUCUCAUUAAUGCUCAUUCCUUUUAAAUGUCUCCAUAAAGCAGAUCCAACAGAUAUAUCCCUAUUAGAAAAGUUGGCUGAUGUAUUACUAUCCUAAUGCAAUGGACAAGGAAUUGCAAAUUAAAAUUAAGUUCAUGAUUGGUUAGCUUUAUUGACUGGAAUCAUUUAAUAUGCAUAUGAAGGAAAUUCUAUUGGAUUAUUUAUAUUAUUGCGAAAAGUAUUUUAAUUUUAUUUAUUAUAUUUAGAUUCCACAUCAACAUAUUAAUGAAUUACUUUAUAGACAUAAAUAUUUUAUGCUUCUAAAUUACUUUAAUAAUUUAAAAGUAACCUUAAAGAUCUUUUAAGGAUUAACUUUUUAUUCAAUUACUUUAUAAAGUAUCUUUUUUAUUAGAACAAUAAGUUAAUUCUUAUAUGAAUAUGCAUUAGAAAUUAAAAGCAAAUAAUAUUCAGAUAUUUUAAAAUAUAUCUAUUAGGAAUUCAUUUUGACAACUAUAUUGGGAAACAUUUAAAUGAUUCAUUAUAGUACAGAAUUAAUUGAUCUAUUAUUAUUUUAUAUAAUUGGAAUGUCAUCAAUAGAUUAAGAUCCUUUAUUAAAAUCAUUAGAUUUAUUGUAUUUCAAAUUGAAGUAGGCAUCCAAUUAUAAAAUAUUUACUAAAGAUUUUAAAACUUAAAGAAUUUUAUUUUUAUUGACUGUUGCUAUGAAUUAUAAUGGAUUAAAUACUGAUGAACAAUUUCUAAAUAUUAUAUAAAUCUAUCAAACAACAGACAAAAUGAUUCCAUAUAAAUAAUAUAUUUAAUGGGAUUUUUCAUAAUUAAUUGAAUAAUAAAGUUAAAUUGAUUAAAAUAUACUAUUAAGAGAUUCUAAAGAUUUUGUUGGUCUUGAAAAUCUCACUAAUACUUGUUUUAUGAAUAGUAUAUUAUAAAGUUUAUACAUGACCUAAUCCUUUAGAAAGUUUGUUAUUCAAUUAAAAUUUACUGAUUAAUCAUUAUAAUUAAUUCCUUAUCCAUCUAAAUUAAGUAGUCUUUAGAAAUUAUUUCUACUUUUAACUUAUUAAAAAUAAGGGUAUUGUUCUCCUUAUGAACUUAAAAGAUAAUUAAGAGAACCAUAUAGUAAUACAAAUGAUUAAUAAGAUGUGAGUGAAUUUGCACAUCAUUUUCUAGAAGAUCUUUUAGAACUAUUACCUAAACAUUUAUAAAUUCCAAUGGAAAAGAUAUUCUUUGGUUAUCAUAGAUCAUGUAUUGAAUGUUAUAAUUGUCCUAAAAGACAACCAGCAUAUCGUCCAAAAGAAAAGUUCUUAGGAAUCGAUUUACAUUUUAAUGAAGAUGAAGAAAAUUAAGAUCUUUAUGAUAUGAUUCGAAAAGCAUAUGAAAAAGAACAAAUAGAAUUUACAUGUGAUAAAUGUAAUUAAAGAACUGAUCGAGUAUACAAAUCUUAGUAAUUAAUUCAAUUACCUUCUGUAUUAUUCAUGAUAGUACAUCGGUAAUAAUAUCAUUAAAUCAUAGUUUUACUUUCAAUGCUGCAACAUAAACAAUGAAUAAAAUGUUAACAAAAGUACCAUUUAAAUUUUAGAUUGAUUUCAGAGAUGUUUUCAAUUAAAAAAAACUCAAUAGUAAAGAUUGUAUCUAUGAUCUCUAUGCUUUUAUUGUCCAUAUGGUAAAUACAUAUAAUUAUAAUAUCUAUUAUAGGGAAAAAAUAGUUAUUCAGGCCAUUAUAUAUGUUAUGCUAGAUAACUUAAUAAACCUGAUGUUUGGGUAACUUUCGAUGAUACCAUGAUAUCAAAUUUAGAAUAUGAUAGUGAUCAACUUGACAAAGAGCUUAUGUAAUAUUUUAUAUAUAAUAUAUAUAGAGCAGAGGAAACACCUUAUUUAUUGUUUUAUUAAAAUUAAUCAGGAUAACCCUUAAUUUUCAAUAAUUGA